UGCCAUACUUUAAGCCCAUAUAUUGUUUUAUCUUUAAACAUUAUUCAAAUCUUUCGUUCGUUCCUUCAUACCCUGGACAGAGGCUCGAUUGGAUCGACACAUCUCUAGAGCUCCAAUACCAUAUAUCUAAACAGUUAAGCAUUGAGACGAGUAUUUUCUGAGAGCUGAAAUUAAUCCUAGAAAGCCCUUAAAUUUAAGAGCACCGCCAUUCACACUUGCCAGGAGGGACAGAGGCAAUAUGACGUUAGCCAAUGGAAAUGAUUCAUCUUCGGCUGUGCAGGCGGCUGCAUUGUUUGACGCCUCUGAUCAUGACGCAACAUUUCCUAGAUACCUCGCUAUUGCAGCUGCCCUGUAUCUUUUAGCCUCGCAUAAAGAAAAUUGGCGGCAUGUCAACAUAGGAAUUAUGCCACUUGUUGCAUUUAUAGUAUUGAAUUCACCAUCAAUACUAUUUAAUAUUAUAUGGAAGGAUUUUGGCAAGUGGAUUACCUUUCUAUUUGUCACACUGCAUCUCUUCUUUCGACAAUACAUUUUGGAUUUUUGUGGAUUUCCUGUUGCUCUCUUGUUACUAAUAGUGACAGUUCCACAAAUGUUGACAAGAUGUCUUCGCAACAAUAUAAUAGGGGCCACAAUUAGUGUCGCUAUAGGUUUAAUUCUUCUUGAUGGGCAUAUCAGAUACAGACGACCUUUGCCAACUUUUUCUAAAGUAGGCUACUGUGUGAAUUCCCUAGCAAUUAUCGCAUUGCUUAUUUCUCCACUUCUGGAAGUUUAUCAAUUCACUAAUGAGGGCUGGCAGCAAUCUAGUGAUGGAUGGAUUCUAGAUUGAACCGGUGGAAAAUUUCUCAAGCUGGAUCCUGAAGCUGGCAGUGUAGGCUCUUUUUGAGUGACAUUUUUUUCUGGUCAAGAGAACUCUAAAUCUUGGGAAAAUCCAUUCUUUUUUCUUGAUCCAUGCCUCUCUUCUGCAGAUGACAGUCUGUUACUUUAUUUGUAGUAUAAAUGUCCUUAAUAACUCGAGCGUUUUCUAGAAAAUGAGGAUCUUCAGCUUCAGGCAUUCUCUUUCAUCUGUUGUGCAUCCCCUGCUUUUGAAGUUUUCUGUCAUCUUCUGCGACAUUUGUCAGUUAUCUGAAACAAGCAUACCUUGAGACUGAUACUGUUUACCACAAAUAUCAAUUCAAAGUUUUGGAUAUUUCAUAUAUGUACCUCAUAUUUCUAUGCAUGACAAAAGGCCCCAAGAGAAUGUAUAGGACUGUAUUCUUACCAAUAUAAUUUCUUUUCAGCUGGAGGAUGACUUUGUUCGAUUCUGUCCGAGGCAUCAUAAAUGUAAUUAAGGCAUAUUUUCUUGAUGGACAAAGCUGCUUACCUCUCAACAAUAUCUGCCAAUGCAUUUUUUGAGAGGAGCUUUUCAAAUACCUAGCAGUAGCUAUUGUCUUCCUUCUCCAGUGCUGGAGAGUGAUAAUAUUGUCUGGCGUGCUUGGCAUGAUUGCAUAUAUUUAAAAUGAUUUUGGAUUGUUGUGAUGUUC